GCUCUCCUCUCAGGUCUCUCUAGUUCACCUGUCAUCAUGUCGGCUGUUAAAUCGUCUCUCCGGAGUCGGGUUCUGACUCCUCAGCGGAUCCCGAGCUUCAUCAUCCCGUCUCGUGGUCCACUACUCUUCCUGUCUCCACGGCUCCACCAGAGCUCUCCGGACCGGACUGGACUGCUGUUGGACCAGGACGAGUCCUCCUGCCGUCUUCAGACCAGACCUCGUCCUCACCACUCCGCCCUGUCAGAGUCUGUGGACUCGGAUCCGUGGACCUGUGCCGCCAUGUCUCUGGUCCACGUGGAGAAGAAGACCACAUCCUACGGGUUCUGUGCCGCUCUGGCUCAGAGCCCCUGCAGCCGCCGGAGGGAAUCCCUGUUUCACCAGAACAAACCGGUGACCGUUACUGUUACCGACCCACAGGACCUGGUGGACACUGGUCCUGGUGCUGGUCCUGGUUCCGACAGGUAUCAGAUUUGUCUGCAUCCCGUUAAAGCUCUUGGCCUGCAGGUGAGGAAGAUGAAGAGCUCCGGAUGAGGCCACGCCCCAUCUGACAUCACAUGACGCACUGAAUCAACUGUCUGAGGGACUUUUAGUCAAGUUCACUACUUUUAUUUACACUUUGAUUAUGUAAAUAUAGAAGUGAUUUAUUGUAAUAUUUCUUUGUUUGAGACUAUUUUUAUUGUUUUAUGAAUAAAAUCAGAUUUUCUCUUAAACGGUUUUUAUUGGUGCAGCAAAUGUUCACUUUAGACUAGAGAGUCUGGAGAGAGAGACACAGACUAGAGUCUGGAGAGAGAGACUAGAGUCUGUACAAACUAUUCCGCAUUAUUUAUAUUUAUGUUUUAUUUAUUUAUUACAGUCUGGUAUGUGUUUACAUCAGACUGUAAACAAUAAUUUAUUCUAUACGCUCGUUCUAUUGCCUUCACCUUUAUUUUGAAAUAUUCUUAUUUCCGGGUCUCCUGUCUGCUCUGCGUCUCUUUUUAAAGAAAAAACAAAAACGGGAUUGAUUUUAAAAAAAACAAACAGAAUCUGCUUUAUUUAAGUUUGGUUCUCUCGUUUUCUAGUUUUUGGAUUCAGAAACAAAAACUGAAAAACAGCUUUUUGGUUUAAAACGAAAUUUGUCUUAAACUAUAUAAGUACCAGACAUCCUGGUCCACACUCCAAACGAGCAGGUGGCGGUAAUGAACCAAGUCAUUGUUGGCCAACCGCCAAUAAACCUCAAGGAAGAAGAAGACGUCACCGUUACGUGGUGACGCACAGCCGGAAGUGUAGCUUUCGCAGAAGCGCGUCGUUGUUGUGGCGGUAAAAGUGUUUCUGCUGCUCGUGACGGAACUUUACCAGUAAACUGGAUUAAAGCGACCGGUACCGGACCGCUAGAGCGGGGUUGGACCGGAAGGGGACACCGGCUAACUACGAUAUGUGUGUGUGUGUGUGUGUGUGUGUAUAUAUAUAUAUAUAUAUAUAUACAUGCAUACACUACCGGCUCCUGUAGUCUGUCUGUUGUGAUGCUAGCGGUAGCUAAACUAGCCGGCUAGUUAAGCGUUAGCACGCUAGCUGGAGGAGAGCACUCAACCAGGUCAGAGGUCAUGUUUCUCCACAAUGAGCGUCGUCCUCAAAUGCCUCAAACUGAACCCGUCCAGACCAGGACCCAACAGGACCAGGACCCUCAGACCACCACGCUGCAGUCCACAGCUCAGCUCCAAUGAUGCUUUGCUGCAUCCUCCGGCUCCUGGAGGAAGCGGAGCUCAGGAGGAGGGGGAGGAGGAGGAGGAGGGGGGGUACCUGCUGGUGGAGGAAGAUACAACCGACUCCAGUCUCAUCAUCACCAUGGGUAACACACACACACACACAGAGGCACACACACACACACAGAGGCACACACACACA